ACGAUUACAUUUACAUUGAAUAUUUUUUGUGCGUUAAUUUUUACAAAAUUAAACUCAAUAAUAAAAAAAUUGCAGAAAAAAAAAAACAAACGUUAAAUUUCGAAAGAUAGUAAAAGAGAAGGAAAAUGUUUAGAAGCAUUAUCGAAGCUAUUUUGAUUUUUUUUGCACAUCCUUCAAAGAUUUUUAGCGAUACCAUGGUAGACCUUUCUGGCGAUGUUUAUAACUCUGAUUGUAAACAGUUGAACAUUAAUAGCACAACAGUAAUAGCUUCGCCCAAUUUUGGUUCUGGUAGCUACCCACCAAAUAAAGUAUGUGCCUGGAAAAUUCAAACUAAAACAGAUAGUGCAGACUUAACAUUAAAAAUUGAUCAGUUCAAUUUGGAGUUUAACAAACUUUGCUCAAAGUAUGACUAUUUAAUGAUAUUUUAUCAAUAUGCUGGAGAAGAAACAACAAAUAUCUAUCGUGUGCUUGAAAAUGUUGAAGGUUAUUGUGGUGUACUUACCAACAUACAACCAUUUGUCGCAAAUGCUAAAACAAUGCUUGUCAAAUUUGUUUCAGAUGGUUUAAGUUCUAAGAAUUAUCCUGGGUUUAAUGCUACACUUUCUGUAACUGUCACAAGAGUUGAACCGAAGAUUGAUUCGUUCCGCCAGAAUAAACAAGAUUUAUUAGCUCCUAAUAUUUUAGUUAAUGUAACCGAAGGUGAUACUGUAAACAUUUUAUGUCAAGCAUCAAGAGCUCUUCCACCAGCUACAUAUACUUUUGAGCAAAUUGUUAAUGGAUCCUAUAUAAGUAUUGAUCCAUCAAAAAUACAGAAACUGCCAGAUGGAACUAUCAAUUUACUAAACCUAUAUACAAAUGACUCAGGAACAUAUGUUUGUAAUGCAAGUAACAAUGUAGGAGUUGAUUCUAAAAUGUUUCAACUGGUUGUGAAAGAAAAAUGUUUAUGUCCACCAAUCAUUCAUACCAGCUGGUAUUCCUAUGCACCAUACAUCAGUUCAAUCCAAGCACCUAAUAAAACACUUUUACUUUUGGGUAUAUUUCCUGCUGUUUUGAAAAUGAUGGUGGAUGAUGUUUGCGGGAAAUGUGAGAAGGGUCAUGGACCUACAUGGAUUUCUUGGGAUAUACCAUCCAAUUCAAAAAAACAACGUUUUAAUAUCAACAGUGAUGUGAAUGGAUUAAACAAUGCAGAAAGUAAACAUGAUAUGAUAUUCCCUGUUAGUAAUGCUAAAGAUGUUGACAUAUAUAGGGGUUUUUACUGUGUACCAAUUCUGGAUUCACCUGGUGUUGCAUUGAUUGUAACAAAAGAAGAUCCAAAUGCUUCUUCUAAUGCAAUGUUUAUUUCAAUAAUGAAUGCCUGGCCCAUUUUGAUUUUGGUUAUUGUGUUCACUACUUUGGCUGGUAUUGUUAUCUGGAUUCUUGAAACAUACUGGAAUGAAAAACAGUUCCCACGAAGUUUCACCACUGGAAUGGGAGAAGGAUUUUGGUGGGCUUUUGUUAGCAUGACAACAGUAGGAUAUGGUGAUAUUGCUCCAGUGUCAAUACCGGGUCGUCUUUUUGCAGUUUUAUGGAUUUUGACAGGACUGGUUCUUAUUGCAAUUUUUACUGGUGUUGUAACCACAUCACUUACUAUUAAAGCUAUGUCUAAUGAUAUUAUUUUAUACAACGCUACAUUAGGUGCAUUGAAUAACUCUAAUGAGUUUAUUAAAGGUGUUAUGCGUAACGGUAUAAUGAAAAAUUACUCCAAUUUUGAUGGAUUGGUAACAGCAAUGAAUAGAAAUGAAGUGAAUGGAAUUUUGUUAGAUUUGAAUGUUGCAGCCUUUUAUUUGCGAAAUAAUAACGCAUUUCGUGUUUCAAAGAUUUUUCCCUCAACUUCUUCAUAUUGUGUAGUUUUGGGGAAUGAUUUGGCUCAAAAAAAAUUUUAUGAUACUUUUGUUCAAUACUUGAGUAAUAACAGUGCAAAAGUUUUAAAAGCAAUCCAAGAAAACUCUUUUACUUUGUCAGCACCUCAAUCUAGUGCUGCACAAGAUUCUGCAAGUAGUAUUUUUUUUUCAAGCAACAGAUUAUUUGUUCGUUCUGUAAUUACUACUACACUUUUACUUGUAUUUUUCUUUAUUUUUGGUGUUUUAUUUGAAUAUUGGUAUCUCCAACCUAGAAAACGUAUGAUUCAGGCUGCUAAAAAUCUUGAAAUAGUUCAAUCACCAGAAGUUAAAGAGAACGCUAAACGUGCAAGAUUUUUAAAAGAAUAUUUAUUGUGGGAGGUGAAUGAGUUUUAUGACAGAUGGUCAAAGAAAUUGACAUAUUUAUCAAGAAAGCAUAAACUGCAACAACAGGCAUUUCUAAGCAGAGGCACAACAAGUCAGAAAGUUCACGAUACCAAGACUAUUUCACACUCGUCAACCUCGUCAACCACUCUUGAAUUGCAUAAUGAAGACGAAGUUGAUGGUACAUUGAGUAAUCGAAGCACGGCAGAACUUUUUCAACGAACAGAAACAAAAAAUUUAUAGAUUUUUUAUUUUCAAUAGACGCAAUAUUGUGAAGUAGAACCCAGCCCACCCAAAUUUUAAAAUUUAAUAACGCUUGCACAAAUUUUAAUAUAGAAAAAAAAAUUAUUUUUUUGUUACACUACACGACGUUCUUUGGCUUACAGAUACCUCGACCGUUUGAUACCUACCUUUGAUAUUUGAUACCUCGACCGUUUAUGUUUAAUAUUAUGUCUUUUUCACAAUUAUUUUAAAAUGCAACGAGUUUUUCUAUUCACGUCGCUUUUUAUAAUUUUUUAAAAUUACGACUUGCACAUAUUUGUUUUUAUUAUAAUCAACCACAACCACCAAUAGCGCACCUAAUCAGUGAGAGAGGAGAUAAACUUUCUCCUAGAAAAAAGGAUUUGUAAAAUAAAUAUUAUAAUUUUAAAAACUUUGUUAAAAUUGUAAAUGAACCACAGAUGCAGUUUUUAAAGUACAAUUUUUGUGAAAAAGUAGUUUUAACCGAACAGGUAUAUUUUCUA